CGCCGGCUGUUUACCAGCGGGACACGGCCAGGCGACCGCAGCGGAUGGACCAACGGCGAGGGGUCUUGAGAAGCAAUGGCCACGGAAGCCCCGGUGAACAUAACUCCCCCUGAACGCAACGCUGUUGGCCGCACAGCAGCUGACAGCUUCAUCUGGCAGCCAGACUCCAUAAACAUGCACCUCACCAGGCCCAAAUCCGCCAAGGGACGGACGCGGCCGAGUCGGCACAAACCGCAGGACGCGGCGCUGUGCUCUCACCGCGCGCCGGCUUCUCUGCCUCCAGCCAUUCGCUGUGAGUCGCCAAGCAGCCAGAAGCCAGGAGCCUGUGCACCCAAAUCUCCAAACCCGGGAGCUCCCGAUGAGAUCCCUGAGCUGCUGCAACAGAUGCCCCUGGGGGCUUCCUCUUCCCUCAAUAAAUACCCAGUCCUUCCUUCCAUCCACAGGAAGACGCUGGAGGAGGGGGCCGUGGAGACUGUCGCUCGAAAGGCCAGCUCCCUGCAGCUGAGCAACACCCAGGCUCUGUACCGAGAGGAGGAGACCGCCACUGUGAAGACAAGUGAAGAAGGUCCCAGAGCUCCAUCUUGUUCCCCAGAGAGGAAAGCCAUUGGCCGAGCCAGGAGACAGGCCUCCUCCAGGGCUGGAGACCUGAAGGAGCCAUCAGAAGGGGAGCCACGGCUGCUGCUUGCGGUCAGGUCGCCGUCGGGCCGAAGGUUCGUUCGCUAUUUCCGGCCAACUGAUGACUUAUCCAGCGUUGUGGCCGUGGCUGAACACGAGGACCAGGCUGCCUACCACCACUGCAGCAUUGAAACAAUGGAGGUACCCCGGAGACGUUUCUCUGACCUCACCAAGUCUCUGCAGGAGUGCAGGAUCCCCCACAAGUCGGUGCUGGGCAUCUCACAGGAAGAAGGGGAGGAGUGGCCCUGAGCCCACAGCCACCCAGCUGGGGCCCUGGGUCUCUGAGUAACGGGCACGCUUGGGUGCUGUGACCUCCCAGGCAGCUCGGUUCCAAGUGCCAUGUGAACCUGCUGCCGCUGUGAUCGUUGGGGCUCCCUCUCCACGGCAUCUCCUUUGGAAGCAGCGAAAUUUGUACAUGCACCCGGGGCACUGAGAAGGUUCUCCUCCAGUUCUUCAAUCCUUCCCACCCCUGGAGUGAACCGGCAGGUUUCCAGGGACGUUCCUGAAACUGCUGUGACCAGGCCUCCUCCUCCCCAGAGUUCUGGGUCCUUUCAGGAGCACCUGCCUGCCUUCCCAACGAACCCUCCCUCUCUUGAAGCCAGUGGUUUGCCUUUCUGUAUUUGAUGCAGGAUUAAACACUUCCCAGAGAGGCUUCUAGUCUGGUAAAUAACCAGGGCUCAGGAAAUGUCGAACUGGCAUUUGUAUUUCUUGCAAGCAUCUUUAAGAAACUGGCAGUUGACGCUAUCUUAGAAGCAGCAACUGUGCUGGGAUCGGGUGGCUAGAGUUUCUUGGGGAUUACUGUUUGUGUGAUGUGGCUUCAAAGGAAAGACUUGCUAAUACAAAUCCCCCAACACAUCGGCAUUUCUGAAAUAGUCUUGGAGCUAGAAAGUAAAUUGCGUCCACAACCAUGGAUUAGCCCAGUAGCUACUUUUAAAUAGAGACUAAGUAGGUUUGCAAAUAUUGGUAACUACUCUAUGUAUGCAAAACUCUUCCCAAACAGAAAGGCCAGUGUAAUCUGAUUGCCCUUUCAGAUUUCCCUUUCUGAUUUCCCUUUUUGUCACUCUCGGAAUCUUUUGUUUUUAAAUCAUAUAAAUCUACAAGUCUGUGCAUGUUUGCGCUGAAGGCCCCCUUGGCUUAUCUGGGUGGGGAUACAGAUUUUUAUCUCCCGGGUGUCUCAUCUACUUCAAACAUGGAGACUCCCUAGAUCGAGGACAGCGGUGCCCCUGUUCUGUGAUCUGGUAACCUCCAGGGGACAAGGGUGCCUCGGGCGGGUGUCACUGUAUUGCACCUGUUGCUAGAGACCACGUGCCUAAGGGUCUGUCUGACUGGCAUGAAGUGCAUCUGAAUGCCUCAGCCCGUAGCUGUGCUCUAGAGCAUAGAGUGUUGGUUUUCCAACUCUCAAGUGGUAACGCGGACAAUUUGCCAAAGUUCUCUUGUAUUGGGAGCUUAGCGAGACUUCCACCUCUCAUCUGGAUCCUCUUUACGGCCAAAUCACCCUUCAGGGCAGGGAAACAUGUCCCUCAAGAGCUCAGCCAUCAUGAAGCCCCGAAUACCGAUGUGCUCCCUCUGCUCCUGGGUCCACAGAGAAGGCAGGAGUUCUAGAAGCAUAUCAGUGUUUCAGCCUCAGCAACAAGUGCAUCUUGUGCCUAGAUAAGGAACGUGGCUGGAUUCGUUACUUCCAGCAAAUCGCUACCAAUUAGCACCAACGCCGUUUCCUCUCAAGAAGGCUCGCCUUGUCCUAACUGCAUCCCACACCACCCAGAUCACCGGAGAGUGGGUUAUUUCUGAACACGGGGUAAAAUUUCCCAAUCCCGUCUCGGCUGCAAAGGUCAGCUGGGGCUUUCAGGGCCUUGGGCAAGCCCACACAACUGGUCCCCUCUCCCAAUCACUGACCGUGGCAGAAGGGACUGGCGGCUCAAGCCUGGUAAUCACAGUACAGGAAAGUACGGGACUUUCACCUCCCACCCAGGACUCAGGCACAUAUCUGCCUCUGAUCUAGGAGGCUGGGAGAAGAGCCUCCCACAAAAUCACACCUACUCUGUGUGUAAGAAUAAAAUCCCACCCACCUGGGACUCGGUAAUUUCUCCAGGCAGGAAAUCUUUGGAAAACUUCAGUGAGACGGAGCAUGCUCGAGGGAGUUAGAAUCUUCUGCACUUAGGGGUGUGCUGCUAUUUAGCUAGAAUUUGGGGGUGGCAAAAACAAAGUGGAAGGCAUGAAACAGAAAUAUUUUAGGGUAUUUUAGGACAUGUGAAUAAAGCUAGAUCUGAGACACCUUAAUCAACUUUUUUUUUUUUUUUUGGACGAAAGGCUACAAUAAAAAUCGAUUUGUGUGAAACUGAGUC